UUCAACUUGCGAGAAACAGAGAUCGGCUGGCUGGGCUCUGCUUUAUCAAGGAGUCGGCGAGGCAGUUAAGCAGCCUUAUAAACUGUAAACUGAAGAAAUCGAGAGAAGAUGUCCUCUUACAUGUAUUCCGACUCCCACCGCGUCAGCCCCUUGGUCCACGGGAACACGUUCGACACGGCACAUCGCAAAAAAGCCGUGGCCAACAUCUUCGAAAACGUCAACCAGGACGCACUGAUGAAACUGUUUCAGAAGACGGGAGACAUGAAGGCAGAGGAGAGAGUGAGAAGCAUCUUCUCUUUCUCUAAUGAUCCCGAGGAAACGUCCAAGGCGCUCAUGGCCCUGAAGCAGCGCAAGAAGGACAAGUUCUUGCAGAUUGCUGGCAUGGUGAGACAGCUUCUGAAACUGCAUUGACUCUCUUACCCGGCUCUGCCUGAGCUGAGUAAAAGUUGUGCGGCCAAAUGCGAGUGAGUCGAAAUCGGCCGCUGGGGAUGCGGGAUCGACGAAGGACACUGCAAGAAAAUGCUUGGAGAAAAGUCUGAACAGUGGCAGACGAGUGCAACGAGCUGUUACACCGCGCUGUUGGGACAGUGCCGUUGAGCAAGAGGACUCGACGGUUCUGUGCGGUUCCAGAACACUCAGAGGAGGACAACGGACCGGAAGAACGCUGAUCUUUGAACAUGGGACAGUUCUCCAAAACACACUUCACGAGGAGACAUGCACGUGCAAGCACACCUCGCGGUUUCCCCUUGACUAUAUGCAUUUGUUUGAAUGCGUGAAUUUCGAAUCGCACCUCGUAGGUGCAGCAAGCUUUGCCGGUGCACAAGAAAUAUGUCGAGACUGGUGCCGAAGAAAUAGCCUGAAAAAUGCCUCGGUUCUUUGAAUACAUUUGAUGCCUUGUCUCUGUACCAGUUUAAAAUUGUGAUACCUGCUUUAACACUAAUUAGUGGCCACUAAUUUAUUUGUCAAAAAUGUUAUGA